CAGGCCGUGAGGUGACCACCCCGCACCCGGUCCUGAUCUGAUAUCGAUGGAUCCUUUCCUCGUCCUUUACACUGAUACGUAGACGUCAAAGAGAGAUCGCCCGCUUGAUGCUCUCGAACCUCUUACGGCCUGGCAGAAUUGUUCCGCACCGAAUAAUAGUCAAUCAGCAGUACAGGAUGACCAGCAACAAAUCGUUCAUGGAUAAAGUCCUCGCUCUGCGACCGGACAUGGCCGGUGCAGAUGAGAAGGAGAAGGCUACUAUCUCCUCCUUGAUGUCAGAAGCAUCCAAACUGAGUAGCGAUAUCCAAGCUCUCGACGCCAAGCUCACCUCCCUUACCUACUUGCAUUCGUUACAACCCACACUAGCUGAUGUCGCGUUAUAUACCGAGUUGCAUGGUGAAAUGUCGCGUAUGAAACGUGAGAGGUACUACACCUUGCCUGCAGUUACCCGCUACUACAACCACAUCCAACACCUUCAACCUGUCAACGAAGCCAGAACCUUGCUCCGAGAUACUCCCUUCUUAUUGGUCGAGUUUGAUCUUGACAACAUGCCUCCUAUCGAGCGAAAGGUGGAGGUCAAGGAAAAGAAACCCAAGAAGGAGGGCGCCAAGGCAGCUGAGAAUGAGAGCAAGAAGGCCAAGUCGGCAGACAAGGCGGCUAGUCCCGUCACCAAGACCGAAGACAAGCCUGCCGCUUCGGAGGAGCCUGCCUCGGCGGACCAACUCAAAAAGCAGAAGAAAGAGAAGAAGGAGAAAGCGCCUCAGCCAACUGAAAGCAAGAAAGGCAAGCCUGCCGCUGAGCCAGCCGGCCCUCCUAUGCCCAGCAUGAUCGAUCUGCGAGUCGGGAAGGUUCUGGAAGUAUCUCGACAUCCAGAUGCCGACAGUCUUUACGUAGAGAAAAUUGACAUAGGAGAGGAGACUGGCCCCCGGACUGUAUGUUCGGGAUUAGUCAAGUACAUGAAGGAGGAGGAAAUUCUCGGUCAAAGCCUCGUCAUUGUGUGCAACUUGAAACCUGCGACCAUGCGAGGAGUCAAAUCAUACGCCAUGCUAUUAUGUGCGUCAUCUGCGGAUGGCAAGGACGGUGGACUAGAAUUCGUCAAGCCGCCCGCGGAGAGCCAGCCUGGCGAGAGGAUCUACUUUGAAGGCGAGAAAUACGAGAACCAAACCCCGGAAACUCAGUUGAACCCGAAGAAGAAGAUCUUUGAGACCAUCCAGCCUAACUUUACCACGUUGGAUAGCCUGGAGGCAUGCUGGAUCGAUCCCGAGACCAAGAGCGUUCACAAGAUCCGCACCCAGCACGGUGUAUGCAAGGUCGCCAACCUCGUCGGGGCUAGUUUGUCUUGAGGUCUUGAACGUGUGCUUUAUUCGUUAUGCGAUAGUGUAUCGCUCUUGACGAAUGAUCGCGAAUGCCCAUCUCCCCACAACCCUCUUGAACAUCUUGUCAUUCAUUCACUCAUCAUCCAUCAUCAUUAGCAUCCGAUGAUCCGUACUAUCGUGG